CUUCCACAUUUCACACUGUAAAGCAACAGAGGCAAUACCCAAAACAGCAACAUCAUGUUUAAAUACAUCACAUUCGCCGCCCUCUUUGCCAUCGCCACCGCUGCUCCAGGUUUCAUCGCUCAACCCGUUGUGGCCAAAUUAGGUGCCGUUGUGCACACCGUUCCAUCUGCCACCUCACACCAGAGCAUCACUCAAGUGCACAAUAAUGCCCAAAUUGUUACACCUGUUGUGAAAGCUGUGGCUCCAGUGGUUCAUGUUGCUCCAGUUGUACCUGUUGUGAAAGCUGUGGCUCCAGUGGUUCAUGUUGCUCCAGUUGUGAAGACCUACUCUGCUCCUGUGGUUCCAGUAGCCAAAACUGUUGCUCCAGUCGUCCCCGUGGUUCAUGCCGCUCCCGUAGUUCCAGUAGUGAAGUCCUACUCCGCCCCGGUGGUUCAUCAUGUUCCAGUUGUGAAGUCAGUUGUUGCCCCCGCAGUGCCAAUAGUUCAUGCCGCUCCUGUUGUGAAGACAGUUCUUUCAGCCCCUGUUCCGCACUUUGUUCAUCACUAA